AUGACGACCACCAAGAGUCCCGAUGGUCCAGAAGACGUGAACGAUUUCCUGUUGCGCAUUCGGGAACUCGGUGAACGCCGUGAUAAAGAAGACGAUGAGCGCACCAAACGACUGGAGGAUGAGAUCUUGCAAGGCCGGAAGGAAAGACAGGCCCGUCGAGCUGAGCGAGCACGAUCGAUUGCCGGUUCUCCUACCCUGAAUCCCGCAAGACUGAGCGUUUCAUCCAUUGGCCAGUCUGCCAUCGAUCCUCCGGAACAUCUCGAACCGACGGUCCAGACACCAGACCCCGAGCCGCUCAGUGGAGGAAAAUUGAGUCAAGAAUCAGAGCCUCUUUACACCACACAUUCCCGACGGGGGUCGGUUCAAGAGACGGAACCUGAAUCUCCACGAACGGUGCCUGCCCUGUCGCGGAGUCGGGCGGGGACACUGUCAUGGCAGCAACGCCCUUCCUCGCGUGACUUUGCGAACCGAUCGCCCGGCUCAUCAUCGCCGACUCGAUCCAGCCACCUAAGGAAUGCAUCCAUGGCGUCUAAUGAGAACCGAAUGUCACGUGCUUCUAUCGCCCCAUCCCUCUCAUCGAAAGAUCCGUCAUGGUUUCGGCAAACAGCGGAUCGAGGGCUGGGGUCACCGGCAUUUCUCAAGUCGGAAGAACGGUCGGAGAGCCAGGCGGACUUGGGGCCAAGCCGUCAGCUGCCAGGCAUGAACCAGGAGUCAACAGUCGAACCAGAGAAGGUGGAGAGGGUAGAGGAAAAGUCACCAUCCCGGCCACAGACGGCGUCGACCGUUGGCGAGAGCAACAUGAGCAAUCGUUAUUCGAGUGUCUCGUCAGUUUCACCAAACACUGGGCUAGGUUCGCCAGUGGCCAUUACAGAGACUCCAAAGUUGGAUCCUUCUGCACAAACCGAGACUCUCGCAGACGAACCAGCCCUGCCACCGUCUCCCACUCAGCGGCGAAUGUUACCAGAGCGAGCUCGUUCGACAUCGCCCACCAAAGGUCUCGGUGGGUUUGUACAGAGUGCCAUGAUGAGGCGAUCUGACAGUGUCUCAAAACGAUGGAGCGCGCAGCUGCCCCAGGGCCUGAGCCGAAGCAACUCUAUUAUUAGCAAUCGAAACAGUGUUGCGGCUCCUAGCCUCACGGGCAGUUUCAGUGACAUGACCCCUACAACAGCUUCUCGGAUCAAUCGAGAGACAGGGCCGGUGCCUACAGAGCGGCCUAGCUCGAGCCAUACCGAAGCCUCCGUGCAACCAUUCGAAACGACUGACAGACCGACCACUCCUUCCUUCUCGGGCAACCACGAAACCAUGCGCUCUGAAGGCAGCCCCAGUAGACCCGCUCUGUAUGGCCAUGCUAGGUCAACCAGCUCUGUGACUGCAGAUAGUUUCGGUGGCGAUGGUCCUUCGAGCCCUUUUACAUCAAGAACUAUGGACCCCAGGCGCUGGAGCCCGACCAAAUCGACCUGGCUGGAAAGUGCGCUUAACCGCCCCGAUUCUCGACAAUCAAAGCCGCCUCCACCACAGCCCUCGUGGCAACAAGCACGACAAUCUAGAGGUAGUGUGGACAUGGGUCGAGCGAGUACAUUCAAAGAAGUAACACCUGUGGGCUUGAUGCGAACACCCCCGCCAGGGGGCCAUUUCAAGAAACCUAGUCUUUCGGGAACUCCGUCAGUGCUCAGCAGUCCAACUUUCACCAAAAAGGCGACAGUGCCAGACUCCCCAUCAUCGGUCUUGAAAUCUGAACCACAGCCUGCCCAGUCCAUUCCAGAACCAGAACCUCCCAAAGCCGAGGUUAUGGAAGAGCCCGAGGUUACGGAAGAAGAAAAAGAAGAAAAAGAAGAACCCAAAUCUUCAAAUGUACUAGAUACUGAACCAGAAGACUCCCCAGAGAAGCCGCCAGUGGAGGAGCUGAAAAACAGUCCAAAGCCUGAGUCCAUUCGUAAACCCCCUGCGCUGAGCACCAAGCCGAAUUUCUCACUUCCUAACCGAGAACCACUCUCGCCGAAGCCCAAGCCUCAGUCUCCAGUGGUUGACUUCCGCGCCAACCUGCGCAAGCGGGAUGUUGCCCAAGACAAGGAGAAGCAAGCAGAGCCGGAAUUCAAAAACAUAUUCGGAAAACUCAAGAAAACGGAAACUCGCAACUAUGUGGCUCCAGAUGAACUCAAGGAUAACAUUCUUCGCGGUAAAUCUGCGCUGAAUGCUACCGGUGGCCCUAAGAAGACCCCACGAGUCGAUGAAUUCAGGCAAAGUCUGGUGAUUACGAAAGAGGCAAUGAAGGCUGGGGGAGGCUCAAUUCGACGGAAUACUGUGGGGGAAGAAGAUGCACCGGCGAAGCCAGCCGAGCCUAUCCCGGAGGCUCUUGCGAAACGAAACCUCAUGACAAAGACGACUAAUGACCGGAUAUCAAACCCCGAGAUUCAGAGUCCCACGCCCGCUCCGGAGCUUAGCCCUGCACGAUCUUUCCGGGCGCAAGAAGCACCUUUAUCUCCUCUGACUUUGGAGGAGGCAGCUUCCCCGGUCGCUCGCGAGCAGGAUUUUGCAGAAAUGGAACCCAAGAAUAGCCCAAGCCUGGACAUGGACCCCAAGGAUGUGGUGGAGACCGGAAAAGAGCUCUCGAACGAGGAGACCCGCUCAGUCCGUAGCUUGCCGUCGCCAGUGGGCUCUGAAACCGCAAGCAUGUCCACUACCACACAAGUUUCGGCCGCUAAAGGAAAACUUGCAGGCCGAAUCAACCCAGCAUUAGCAGGUCUUCUCUCUCGGGGCCCGCCAAGUCCAGAGGCCACUAAGAAGGAGCUGUCUGUGCCAGCCUCCAUGAAUGCCUCUGCUGCUUUGCCCUCUGCGCCUCUUACCCACGCGACAAAGGGUCGUGCAAGGGGCCCUAAGCGACGGGCGCCUAAGGAGGCUUCUGCUCCCGCUGUCUCACCUGCGGAAGAUAUCAAGGAGGUUGGUGCCAUCUCAUCUCCUGAAGUCGAAACAUCUCAGACUAUUCCCGAGCCUGCAGUUUCUCCGGAAGCCAUCUCGGACAAUACGUCAGCAGAAAAUGUGGUUGUCGAUACUGAAACCGCACAAAUAGGGAGCCCCUACAUCAAGCAAUUUCCGGGAGUAAAGACAACCUUCCAGGAUGUUCUCAACGGUGGACUGCAACGACUGAGAAGCUUUUCGCCCACGUCUCCCCGAGAAUCUACCGUCCUUAGCCCGAUCGAGCACGCCCCUCGAGAGUCUGAAUCAUCGAGAGACCUUAGCCCAUCAAGUAGACCCCCUGUCCCGCCAAAGCCUUCAUCUCCUUCGCCUUCCCCAUCACCAUCCAGUCCCUCGUCGUCGCGAUUUCAGUGGGGCCAAGCACGAUUCAUCUCAUCAUCACCCUCACCCCUCAGAAUGAGCUCCCGAGAAUUCCAGAAAGAAUUGCCCUCAACGCCUUCCCCAAAAAACCCCCAGGAGUGA